ACAUGUGUGCAUGUCGCUGUGGAUCAUGCAAAUUUGCUUUCAAGCAAAAGAUCUCUGGAAAAGAGAGCUUCUUACUCUCUUUGAUGCAGACUAUAAUUGACAUAUAUGUCCGAUCUCAGUUAAUCACAUUCAUGUCGAUGUUUCAGAUAAUGCAGACAAAGAACUAAGGAAACUCCUCUACCGUAUCUCGCGGAACGUGACUGAAGUACGCCACGUGGAAGAUCUGGUCGGAGCACUUGGACUUAAAGCAGAUGAGAUGACUAUCAUCCAAGAUUCAAAGAACCAAAACCCGAGUUCCCAGGCCUACAAAGUUUUAUUAAGGUGGAUGGAGACGGACGAGGAAGCGUCCCUGGACAAGCUUCAUCAGGAGCUGAGUGAGUCUGGCAUGGAGACGUUGGCAGAGGAGGUUGGCAGGAUUAAGGCUCAACCAGUUAAUAAGCGACCGGCAGGUACAUCAGCUGGACCGCCAGCCAAGCGAUCAGUAGCUGGACAGUCUUCUCUUGACGGGCAUCAUGAGGAGCAGCUAACCCAGCAACAACUACUAGAGGAAAACCGCACUUUGAGGACCCUGGUGGAAGAACUACAAGACAAGACACCAAGAAGUCGAGGACCUGGAGCCAGACCUGUGGUGUUGCUGCUCAACGAUGAGUAUGGAACUGCAAUGGGGGACGUAUCCACCGUCCACGGCCAGAUGGCGUCCCUACUGGCUUCCAAAGGGGCAGAGGUCUACUCUACAGUCCUGAAUGCCACAGAAGACGAUAAGCAGAAUGCAGCUACUGAUGGGGUUCAGCUCAUCUUUCCAACAACAUCCAAACGUGACAAGAGAGAGCCCUGCCUUGAUUGGCUGACCUUUGACCACAAGGGUCGUUAUCCGGACCUUCCUCCAGUAGACUUCAUUGUUGGCCACGUGCCCAUCACAAGCCAUGCAGCAAGGCAGAUCAAGGAGCAACGGUUUCCUGACGCCAAACUCGUCCAAGUCACUCACGUGAUGCCAGAAGACACCAACCAGUACAAGAGUGAUGAGAGGGUGUUGAGCAUCGGAGACGAGCAGAGAAACAUUCUUGAAGACCUAGAGCAUGCUGACGUGAUCAUCUCGGUAGGCCCAUACCUGCAUGACUACUACAAGGUUGAGACGGGAGGUUUCGAGCCCCACCACGAGUUCCUGCCUAAGCCAUCCGACAUCUUCAGCAAAGCAAGGGUCAAAUACGUUGAUGCCGGCACAAAAGUGGUUCUGUCCAUCGGCAGGGUCAAGGGUGUGGAGAGGCUGAAGGGGUACGAUCUAGCCGCAAAGUCCGUGGGCCAGGUGAUCGUAGCACUACCCAACACCAAAUGGCGAACCCGCGGCAUCACAAAAGAAGAUUUCCAGGAGAGCAGGGACAUCAUCCAGUCCAACGCGCGUAAAAUCCAUUUCACCCCCCUGAAGUAUGGCACACAGGAGGAGCUGCGUAAGGACAUGGAAAAGGCAAGUGUCGUUCUGAUGCCGUCACGUGCAGAGCCGUUCGGACUGGUUGGUCUGGAGGCCAUCGCUGCAGGGGUGCCCGUCCUGGUCUCCCACAAGUCAGGUCUUGCGAUGUUCCUGAAGACACAAGACCCCGAGUUCGACCGCGCAAUCGUAGAGAUCGAAGAUGACGACGAUGAGGCCGCCAAAACCCUGGCCAAGCGCAUCAUUCAGAUCCUAAAGGAUGAACCCAGAGAGUUUCAAGCCGCACAAAGGUUGAAGGAGAAACUUUUGGACUCGGAGUACUGGGCUGCUUCACACACCAAGUUUCUCGAAACCUUUGGUCUGAAAGGCUAGCUUCUUACCACAUCGGUUUAAUUUCUACCCAUCAUUCAAGUAAUUGUAAUAUGUUAGCCCCAUUUUAGCCUUAUCUGAUUGUAGAUGUCCCUGGGUUUGAAUUCUAUGUCUUGGCUUCCAGAAUGCUGACUCCCGAUGAACCUAAUGCCACCAAGGGACAUUGUAAAAGCUGUCGUGAGUAGCAUAAUAAGGCCACACUAAUUGUAUUUGUUGUUUCUCGGAUUUUUUAAAGAAAAAAAAAUGGGGUCGGUCGGUCGAAAAAAAAAACUUUUGCAAAAAGUCGGGGGUAAGAGAGAUCAAGGAGCUUACUUAAGUUACACAACAGAAAUAACAUUUUAACAUUUCCUGAUAGGACAGUUCAAAGUUUGAAGAAAAAUGAUAAAUGCACAGUCCAAAAUAGGCACGUACAGCUACCGGAAUUUGAGGCCCAUAGUUUAUUUGAGUAAGGAGAGGCAGUGAAAAUUUGUCAACUCGUUGUGUGGCCAUCGAUUUGAAAAGUUUGUUUUUUUCAAAUCGGAAAAAAGUAGGGUCGGAAAAUCCGAGAAACAACAAAUAAAAUUGGUCUAAACAGUUGUCUAACUAUCCCAUACGUCAUCAAGACGUUGUUUAGUGCACAGCAAUUGAUAUCCGGGAAGUACCCUCAUCAACUUUCUGCUGGUUAAACAUCCCAAUAUUGCGAAGUUAAGAAGACUAUAUGUUAUAGAGCCCUGAGGAUUAUUGUACUUUAUAUAGACUUUUCAAAUUGACAUUGGCAAUGGCAACACUGCAUUCCAUUUGAAUCCCAGUCUGCUGUAUAUUUGGACUCUGCACAGUAGUUUGGUGAGUUCUUGGGUUCAUACAUUUAAUAUAUAUAUCUUUAUGAUGAUUAAAAGGCUUGGGACUAUAAGAUUUCCGAACUAUUUAGUAUAUACAGAUGACGCUUUAUUUUGUGUGGGUUAACUUGUGCAUUUGCCAAAGCUGCUUUCUGUAAGGCUGGUGUGACAUAAUGAUGCCGUUCACUGUACUUGUCUAUUGUACAAGAAGAAUAAUUGCGAAUUAUUUGCCAGGGCUGGAAUUUUCUGUUGUAACCAGUUGGCUAAUGCAGAUACAGACGAACACCAUCCAUGUACAAAUAUCAGAUUAAACAAAUCAUUUACCAAA